AUGUCUCCUGAACCGAUCUCGAUACCCCGCUUCGCACAAGCGCAAUUACAGUUACUUCUCCAAGAGCACGAAGCUGAAAUUUCCUCCUCCUCUCUGGCCAACACUGCUGCGUCAGUAUCACCUUCGACGCGUCGGACUCUACAAGCAACUGGCUAUGCGCUAACGGGUAUUGUGUUAUCGCAAUGCCGAACCGGACUGGGCGGGCGCGUUGUCGGCGAGUUCACUGCGGAUGCAGCUGUAUCCUCGAGCAAAUCUACGACGAACAAGAUCGACGAUGACAGAGCUGGAGCUGACGGUGAACCGAGGCUUGGUGCGCACGGAAUUCGAGUCGGGGAUAUUGUCCGCGUGAACGACACGAGUGGGUCGGGAAGCAGAAAGCUUUCGAAGGAUAGGGGCAAAGCUGGGGGGAAAGAUGCAGUUGAAGCGUCCAAAGGUCCGGAAGGGGUUGUUACAAGAGUUGGAGAGAGAAGUAUAUGGAUUGCGUUUGGACAAAGAGGUGGGAGUGGUCGAUCCAAGGAGGAUGACGAAGCCAUUGAGGAGCUCUGGGGAAAGAAACUAUGGCUCAUAAAACUUGCAAACGACGUGACGUUCCGACGUAUGAACCAAACCAUGGAGAAAAUGGCUAAAAUGACGGACUCGGAGUACUCGCACUUUAUGCGGGUUGCCUUUGGCCAUACAGCUCCAAUGCAACCAGAUUAUGGGGCCAUUGGCCCCCUUGAGUUCGUUGAUCCAACUUUAAACGAUUCACAGAAAGAAGCUAUACGGUUUGCUUUGGCGGCUAGGGAUGUGGCUCUCAUCCACGGACCUCCCGGGACAGGCAAGACUCACACUUUGAUUGAGCUGAUUCUCCAAAUGGUAAAACGAAAGCUUCGCGUACUAGUUUGCGGACCGUCAAACAUCUCUGUCGACAAUAUCGUGGAGAGACUAGCUCCCAACGGGGUACCAGUAGUACGCAUUGGCCAUCCUGCUCGUUUGCUACCGUCAGUCCUUGAGCAUUCCCUAGAAGUACUCACUCACACGUCAGAGGCGGCAGCGAUCAUCAAAGACGUGAGGAAGGAGAUUGAUGAAAAACAAGCUAGCAUCCGCAAAACCAGGACCGGUCGGGAGAGACGGGCAAUCUACGAUGACCUGAAAGAACUCCGUCGAGAGUUUCGCGAGCGGGAGUCGAGAUGUGUGGACAACCUGGUUCGCGAAAGCAAUGUCGUCCUUGCCACGCUCCACGGGGCUGGCGGCCAUCAGCUGAAGAAUCAGAAGUUUGACGUUGUCGUUAUUGACGAAGCCAGCCAAGCUCUGGAGGCUCAGUGCUGGAUCCCCUUAUUGUCAGCGUCUAAAGUGGUCCUUGCAGGAGACCACCUGCAGCUUCCCCCUACCGUCAAGUCUUCCGUUGACAAAUUGAAGAACACAAAGAAGAAAGAGAAGUCAGACACGAAAGAUGCUUCAGCCAAUUCUGCAGAGAUCAUUGGCGAUUUUUCUCUGGAGACAACGUUGUUUGAUCGACUUCUUUCGUUGCAUGGACCCGGUAUCAAGAGGAUGCUAACCACACAGUAUCGGAUGCAUGAAAAAAUUAUGCAGUUUCCAUCCGACGAGCUGUACGAAUCUAAGCUUGUUGCCGCUGAGACUGUGAAGUCACGUCUCCUUAAGGACUUGCCCUAUGAGGUUGAGGAGACUGAUGACACGAGAGAGCCAAUCGUGUUCUGGGACACACAAGGCGGCGAUUUUCCUGAGAAGACCGAAGACGAUGAUGUAGGGAAAAAGGAAGCAUUGCUUGGCGAAAGCAAGAGCAACGAAAUGGAAGCUUUAGUCGUCGCAAAGCACGUGCAAAACCUCAUACAGGCUGGUGUGAAGCCGGAAGAUAUCGCCUGCAUUACUCCGUACAACGGUCAGCUUUCCCUGCUUUCUUCCAUGCUCCGAGAAAAGUAUCCUGGUCUCGAGCUCGGAAGUGUGGAUGGUUUCCAAGGCCGUGAGAAGGAGGCGGUCGUGGUUAGUCUUGUUCGUAGUAAUUCUGAGCACGAAGUGGGAUUUCUGGGGGAGAAGCGGCGUUUGAACGUCGCCAUGACUCGUCCUAAACGGCAUCUAUGCAUAUGUGGUGAUUCGGAGACAAUCAGCAAAGGGAGUGCCUUUCUCAAGCGAUGGAUGGCGUUUCUCGAAGAACAUGCGGAUCUACGCUACCCAGAUGCUGGGGAACUCUUGUGA